CGCAUGGUUGAUGCAAGUUUAUGCAAGAUUGUCUGUGUCAAAUGAAGUGUCAAAGAUGUUUUUAAAAACAAGUUUUUGCAGUGUCGGUCGUGCUCUGUGGAACAAAAGUACCGUACUGAGGCCUCAAUUACCGUUACUAAAUCAAACGGUAAGAUCAGUAGCUACGCGAAAGAGAUUCUACAGGAAAACCGGUAUUCUCCACAGCGGUAGCAAUUUCGAGAUCACUUUGGAUCAGCGCAAAUUGAAAACGCCCCGAGGUAAUCUGUUUCUCGUUGAUAGUGAACCUUUAGCUUUGGCUGUUGCUGCAGAAUGGGAUGCACAGAAGGAAAAUAUUGUACAAACUUCCAUGCACUUGAGUACUUUGUGCAAUACUGUCAUCGAUAAUCCCAACAACUUGAAUAAGUUUGAUAUUGUUCAGUACAUGUUAAAUUAUAUUGAUACUGAUUGUAUAUUAUUUCAAUCUGGAGAUGAAGAUGAUUUGUAUAAAUUGCAAGUGGCUGAAUGGGAUCCAAUAAUUCAAUGGUUUUGUGAUAGAUUCAGAGUAGAUUUGCAUAAAACAAGGAACAUUGGUGGACCCUCAGUCAAAGAAGAAACUAAGGCUGUACUUAGUAAAUAUUUGAUGUCUUAUAAUUUUGCUGCUCUUAAUGGUUUUGUUUAUGGUGUGGAUACUUUAAAAUCUGUGAUUUUAACAUGUGCCUGUGUAGAGAAGGUAAUCUCUGUUGAAAAGGCUGUUUUGCUCUCAAGGCUUGAAGAAGAAUUUCAGUUGGGAUAUUGGGGACGUGUUGAAUGGGCCCAUGACCUGAGCCAACACGAUCUUCAGGCUAGAUUAGCAUCUACAGCACUAUUUAUACAUUUCAAUAGUACCUCAAAUAGUAUCCAAAUAAAGAAUGAGAUGACAGCGUAAAUUAAGUAAAAUUUAUUUUAGAAAAGAAAUAA